AUGGCGGGCAAGGCCCGCCACGGGUCCCGGGAACGGGUGGGUGAGGCCCACCAGGUGUCCCGGGAACGGGCGGGCGAGGCCCGCCUGGUGUCCUGGGGACGGGCGGGCGGUGGGCGAGGCCCGCCAGGUGUCCCGGGACAGGCGGGCGUGCCUCCAGGUGUCUCGGGAUGGGCACGAGGCCCACCAGUCUGGAUGGCGCGAAGGCCCGGCCUGGUGUCCCUGGGACGGGAGGGCCGUGGGCGGGAGGCCCGCCUGUCCCGGGACAGGAGGCAGGGCGAGGCCAGGUGUCCCGGGAUGCGUGAGCUGGGGCCCGCCAGGUUUUCCCGAUGGGAGGUUGCUAUGCCCGGGACGGGCUGGCAGGGCCCGCCAGGUUUCCCACAACGGGCGGGUGGGGCCCGCCAGGUGUCCCAGGAUGGCCAGGUGGGCGGGGGCCUAUCAGGUGUCCUGGGACGGGCAGGUGGGGCCCGCCAGGUGUUCCCGGAUGGGCAGGUGGGUGGGGCCUAUCAGGUGUCCUGGGAUGGGCGGGCGGUGCCCGCCAGGGCGUCCCGGGUAUGGGCGGGCGGGGCCUGCUAG